UAAAACCUUUGCUGGGAAACGUGAAGUGUUUAUUUACACCGAGGUCCCGAACAAGAACAGACACAAAAAAACAUAUUCAACUUGGUGUCAGUUGAUUUUCUUUGAGAAUCUUUGAGACAUUGCGGCCGUCCUAUUAGAAGAAAAAGGAGUUAUUGCCCAGGAAAGAGAACUCAACAUUAUCUCAGGAAACAGACAUUCACGCGUAUUCUCUCGUUUCGAGGAGUCUGUAAAAGAAAAUAAGAAAUUACUCCAUCGCCAAACAUAAAAGAAAGCCACAUUCCUAUACACCAACAUGUUGAGUAAUGCUGGAAGAUAUAUUGACAGGAACCCUGAAACGAUCCCGGCCGGCAAGCUUUUCGACAUCACAGGCCACACUGCAAGGGAUUGCCUCCAAAUUAAAGAAAAGGAUGUCCACCCGGAAAAUGUCCGCAAAUUUCGCGCCACGACACAACCCUUUGUCGGCAGUGAAAGGGUGUUUCAUGGCCGAGCCAACGAUCCAAAUAUUGCGGCACAGAUAGUUCAUGGAGUGAACACAAGACCAUCGCUAUGGGCUGAAGACUUGGUUAACCCAACACGAAAAAGUCUUUUCGCUCAGCGCAUGUUAGAGAAAAAAGAGGGACUUUAUGCAAGCCAUAAAAAUGCUCCCCUUGGGGAGUGUCAUAAUCAGUCACCUAACCUACCCGAAGGGACAGACAUCUACAAGGCUUGUUAUGGUGUCAAGACGAUUAAAGAUGGUACUGCUGGUGAGAUGGUGAAUCCAGGAAAAACUGCAACACAAGUUGAGCAGGAGUCCAUGGAGGGAAAGGAACUUUACAAAGUCAGCCAUCAAGACUAUGAAGUUGGUGAGAGUUAUGACAGAAAAUAUGACUGGAGCAGAAUUCCCAAGGAUAGUAAAUUCGGUGUUGAAACCCCACAUGACAACAAUGGCAUCCACGUAAAGAAAACUCUGAAAUGGCUUCAUGACACACAACAAGAGAAAUGCACCAAAGUUGUCUCCAAAAGAGUGGAUGAUUUUAGGGAAAGAACACAACCACAGAUUGGAAAAGUCCAUGACCCCAUCAAAGACACCCUUAAAGUUGGACCAGAUCACACAUUUGGUGUUAUGGUCAAACCGGAUGAGUACGGUUCAGGGGACUUGAUCCACAUGAGAGUGAGAGGGGAAUACCUGCGCGGGAAAGAGCGGGAAAGAGCUGUAGUUGCAGCAAUUAGGCAGCAUCUGAAGAAAGCAAACUAUCACAACUUCAGAGACCUCCGUGCUGCCUUUGAACACUAUGAUAAGGAUAAAUCAGGAAAAAUCUGUCUGGAUGAGCUGACCACAACCUGCACUCAGUUUAAUCUACCUGUUGAACCAGAGCUCCUGGAAUCCCUACUGCACUAUUGCGAUGCAGACAAGGAUGGGCAGAUUAAUUACACAGAAUUUGCAAACUUCCUCAACUGGAAAGAUCAAAUGCCUUCCCGUGUGUCCUCAGAGACUGAAGCAACUGGGGAUAAGGAUGAGAGGAGUACUUCCCCUAAGAGACUACAAAAGCAAAUCGACAAGGCAGUUGGCUGGCAGAAAUCCUCAGGCCUUAUCAAUGCUACAGUAGAUGGUGUUAGAACAAACAACUGGAGAGCUUACGGCGUCCCGACGAUCCGGUCAGACCUUCCAGCCCCCAGAAUUCGAAGAGUAGGAGACAGAAUGAAUUAUGGUGAUGAGUCUGAUGCUUAUGGCUUGAUCAAUCCAUCAAUCUAUAGCACACACGGUGUGUAUGAGAAGGAUUUUUUCCAGCCAAGAGAUCCAUUUGAGAUGAGACGAAUCAUUGAUGGCAUAGGAGUUGAAAUGACUGCAGAGGUAUUCAAUAACAUCUGGGAACUCGCACAGACAAACAGCCCAAAUGGGAUGGUAAGUGUGGAAUCAUUCAGGAACGUCAUGGAUGAUGUGACAGCCAAGAAAUUUGUUGAUAGUCAGGCUGCAUAAAUUUAUUGUUGACAUAAAUUAUGUUUUUAUUUUUAUUUUAAUUGAGUGUACUGUAAAUAGUUUCUCUGUCCUAUUUUGGACAGGAAGAGUACUGAUAAAUAAUACUUUCAAACAAAAAUGCCAGCUAGAAUAGAAGCAUUGUGACAUGCUAAUAAUGGAUAAUAAUAUAUUACGUGACUUUUGGCUUAGCAUGGAGAAUCAGAACUUGUGCUGUGAAUGUUGUAACAAAUCUGCAAGGGCAUGGAAUUGUUAAUAGCAUUUGAACAAAGACAGAUGUAAAGUAUGAAAACAAUAAAAUAUUUCACAUAGUUUUA